AUGCAUCAAUAAUAUGAUGAUUAGAAAAGAUCUCUUGUCUAAGAGAAAAUGUAAAUGAAACAAUAAGGAAUUGAUAAUGCAAAUAUGAGAAAAAUUAAUGAUGAAGAUAUUUAAAAGAUUUAAGCUUAUGAAUAGAUGCAAAUUGAAAAUGCUAUGAAAAAUUCAACAUGGAGUACUCUUAUGCUCUUAAAAAGUAAAGAAAUUGUGAAAACUAAGUAAAUUCAUUUAUCUAUUUUUAGAUGGAGACCCAAGAAGAAAUAAAGGUUGUGGGAUUAAUAUAAAAUUGAUAAAAUUUUGAAAAAAUAUUCCAUUAUGAUAGAAGGUAAUGAUCCUCCUCCUCCUAUUAAAUCAUUUUAAGAUUUAAGAGUAGAUGACAGAAUUUUAAAGAUUCUUAGUAAAAUGAAAAUUAAGAAACCAACACCUAUUCAAAUGUAAGGUUUACCUGCUGUGUAAUAAUAUCAAAUUUAUAAUUAAGUUUAAUGGGAAGAGACAUAAUUGGAGUAGCACCAAGUGGUUAAGGUAAGACUUUAGUAUUUUUGUUACCCGCAUUAUUGUAAUGCAUUGAUGAAGAGAUGAAAAUGUCAAUAAUUAGAGGUGAAGGACCAUUUGCUUUAAUAUUACUUCCAUCUCAUGAAUUAGCAAUCUUGACUUAUGAAUUAGCCAAAUAAUAUUGUUAAAAAUUCCAAAAAAAAGUAAUAUAUUUAUAAAUAUACAUUCUUUAUAGGGAUUCCCUGCUAUUCAUUGUCUACUUGCAAUUGGAGGUAUGGAUAUGUCAUCCUAAUUAUAAUCCAUUAAAAAUGGAGUACAUAUUGUUAUUGGUACACCUGGAAGAAUUAGUGAUAUGGUUAAUAAAAAAAAAAUUAAUAUGGAUCUAUGUAGAUUUAUAGUCCUCGAUGAAGCUGAUAGAAUGUUAGAUUAAGUCUUUGAAUUGGAAAUUAGAAAUAUUUUAGAACAUUUCACAGUAUGAUUAAUCAAUUGAUACCUUAGUUUAGGGUCCCAGAUAAACAAUGUUAUUCAGUGCUACUCUUCCAAAGAAAAUAUAAGAAUUUACUAAAUAAACAUUAGUAGAUCCAUUAGUAAUUAAUGUUGGCAGAAGUGGUUAAAUUAAUUUGAAUGUGAUAUAGGAAAUAUUAUAUGUUAAGCAAGAAGAAAAAUUACACUAUUUAUUAGAUUGUUUAAAGAAAACAACACCACCAGUUGUUAUUUUUAGUGAACAUUAAAAUGAUGUUGAUGAUAUUAAUGAAUAUCUUUUAAUAAAAGGAGUAGAGGUUGUUGGAUUACAUGGAGGCAAAUAAUAGGAAGAUAGAACUAAAGCAUUAAAGCAAUUCUUAAAUGGUUAAAAAGAUGUCUUAGUAGCAACAGAUGUAGCUGCAAAAGGUUUGGAUUUUCCAGAUAUUAAGCAUGUUAUUAAUUAUGAUAUGCCAAAAGAUGUAAAAUACAAUAUUCAAAUUAGAUUGAAUCUUAUAUACAUAGAAUUGGUAGAACAGGAAGGUAAGGGAAAACUGGAAGAGCAACAACUUUUGUUAAUAGGUAAUAAGAAGAAUCGAUUCUAUUAGAUUUAAAAUAUCUACUUGUAGAAUCGAAAUAAAGUAUAUUUAUUCUCAUUAUAAUUUUAGAAAUACCUUAAUUUCUAGAAAAACUAAAGUCAGAUGAAGAUUUAAAUGGUUCUUGUGGUUAUUGUGAUGGUAUGGGUCAUAGAAUGGCUAAUUGUCCUAAAUUAGAAAAGUAAAAGAUGAGAGUAUAUCAUAAUUAUUUAUAAUAUCUUAGAUUUUAACUAAUCCAAACAAAGAGAGUUGUCCAGAUUUUCUUAAAGGCUAAAACUUUAGAGACAGUUUAAGUGCAGAAAGAUAAAAUUAAAUAGGAUGAUACAAUCAAUGUUCAAAUUCUAAUUUCAG